UCCAUAAAGGGAAACAAAUUCUCAUUUUUUUGUAACUGAAAUUCAAGUGUAGCAUCUGUUUUGAUCCUAGCAAAAUAAAGUAAAGAAAAGUUUUGAUUAUUAGUGUUUUAUACAUUUUUUGCAAAAACACUGUGUAGUUUGCAUCCAAGACAAAGUUGAUACAAUGAGUUCACCAAAAGAGCUGCAAGAGACCAGGUGCUGUAACCAGGAAGGCUGUGAAAAUACCUGCAAACCUGCCGAGACUGCAAGCAAGAUCCCCUACAGCAGCAUCCCCCUCCCUCUUUCUGAGCUUCUGCUGCAACAGCUUGCUGCAGAUGCCAAAGAUUUUGCUUUACUACAUGGAGCUGGCAUGCGCUACAAAGACAGCUUCUCAACGGACACCCUCUCCAUGGCGCCGUUCUUCCUGCUGCCGACUCCUUUCCCCCGGCGUGAGUUUGAGAAAGUCUACAAGCUGCAGCCACUCAUCAAUACACUCAUGCACAGAGUGGCUCACUCACAUGACUUUCUGCAGAGGUCCCUUGCCAACACCAUCAAGGUGGAUGACUUCACCCGUCGGCUGUGGGAGCUGUACAUGACAGUGAGGGAGGAGGGGGUUGCCCAGCCAGUGUCGCUGGCGCUGAUACGAUGCGAUGUGCUACUGGAUGCUCCUCCCUGUGAUGAGAAUACGUCUUUGGCUGGAACCAAAUUAAGUGAAGGUUCGGGACACUCAGAGUGUGAAGGCACCCACAGCCCUGAGGAUGACCUGCGGAAGUUGUGCUGCGCCGCACCCAAGCAGGUGGAGGUGAACACGAUUGCCUCCAGCUUUGGGGCACUUGCAGUCCAUCUUGGCCAUCUCCACAAGUAUGAGUGCCCUGAACCUAAGAAUAUUAUCAGACUUAACUGGAAAUAUGAGCUUAUUAUUAAUGUUUGAGGGAAAUAAUAAUACUAGUGUAUAAAAAAUAUACAUUUCGGCAUCAUAGGAUAUAGUAUUGUUGAGAGAUGUUCUACCCUUACAGGACCAUGUAUGUUGUGUAGUGCUGGACUUGAAUUAGGUUUAUAGCUUGACCUGGCAUUUCCUGUAUCUAUAAUCAGAGUCCUGGACAGAUAUCCCAGAUAGAAAAGAUCCUGUGUUCUAGAUAAAGAAAGCAGUAUAUUCCAUAUGGAAAUACUGCAUUAUAUAGAAAAACUAUACCUUAAAGUAGUGCAGGUAGUACAUGACCAACUUUAUUACAGUUUCUAACCCUUGGAAACCUAUUCUAUUUCUGUCACACGUUCUCAUUACUGUUUUUCUUUCUUGGCUGUGAAGAUAACAUGCAUUAUGGGCCUCAUCAAAGUCCAGGAUCUUGAGCAUGGCUCAUGGCAUGAACAAGAUAG